AUGUCAUCUCCCAUGGAAAAGAAUCUUCAUAAAUUGAAGGAAGCAGCAAUAGAUUCUCAAUUAGCAGAUCCAACUCUCUAUAGGCAGAUGAUUGGAUCUUUGAUGUAUUUGGUCAACACCAGACUAAAUAUCUGUUAUGCUAUGAAUGCUUUCAGUCAAUUUAUGUGUGAGCCCAAGGAGAUACAUCUUGUUGCCAUGAAGCAUAUAAUGAGGUACCUUCAAGGUACCCUUAAUUAUGGUCUCAAAUAUGGAAAGGUUGAUUUAGAUCUUCAUGGAUUCAUAGAUUCAGAUUGGGUUGGAAGCAUGACCGAUCAGAAAAGCACCUCAGGAUGUUGCUUCAGUUUAGGAUUGGCUAUGAUAUCCUGGAUAAGCAGAAAACAAUCUUCAGUGGCUCAGAGUUCUACAAAAGCCAAAUACAUUGUAGCUUCUAUGGCUGUAAGAGAAGCAAUAUGGCUCAGAAAACUACUUGUGGGAUUAUUUGGUGAGCCUCUGAAACCUACUGUUAUCCACUGUUAUAAUCAGAGUUGUAUUAAGCUUUCAGUGAAUCUAGUAUUUCAUGAUAGAUCUAAGCAUAUCGUGAUUCCUUAUCACUAUGUGAGAGACAUGGUAGAAAGGAAUGUAAUCCAGUUGGAGUAUAUCAGUACAGGAGAUCAAACAACAGACAUACUUACCAAACCUCUCUCCAGAGUGAAAGUUGAACACUUCAGAAAGAGUCUUGGUAUGAUUGAAAUGUAA